UAUGCCGCUCUCACUCUCUCUGUUGCUCUCUCUUGUUAUCUUGCUCUCUCUUCCUCUCUCCUGCAACACCACCACAACCUGCUGAUUUCUCACUAAGCCUCUCCUGCUCCUUUCUCUCAGUCCUCCCGUCAUCAGCUGUUCCACUCUCUCCUCAUAAUUUUAUUUCCCGUCAAUCACAUGCUCACCUCCCCCUUUUUAUUCCCGUUUUUCUUUUUUUUUGCUUUUUCAACCCACCGUUUCUCUCUGUCCGUGUUUCUCCCCUGUACAGUCAUUUUGUCUUUGACAUUCAUUCAUCUCCACCACUUUCUCACCUUCCACUGAUGUGAGGAGACAUGAAGGUGAAGGACCGUGCAGACAGACUGUCUCACACUAAGCUAUGGAAUGCUCCCUGCACCCACCAUCACUAGUCUCCAAUCUUUGGACUGAGCUCCAAACGCUUAGUUAGCGGCUGUGCUUCUCCCCUCGAACUCUUUAUAACCAGGGGACGAAGAAAAGGAGCGGCCUUAUCAAGUCCUCCGCUAAAAACGCACAGAGCACUUCUUUUAGUUUUUUUUAGAAUAUUUAAGCUAGUUUUUCUCCGCUUGGAUUUUUUGUCUGGUGAAAUUACAUCAAGAUGGAUCUGGAACCGUACCUAUGGAUGGUCAUUAUUGGCUUCAUCAUUGCCUUCAUAUUGGCCUUUUCAGUCGGCGCCAAUGAUGUGGCCAAUUCUUUCGGAACAGCAGUGGGGUCCGGUGUGGUCACACUGAAGCAGGCCUGUAUCCUGGCAUCUAUCUUUGAGACGCUGGGCUCAAUGCUACUAGGGGCCAAAGUGGGUGAGACGAUCCGAAAGGGCAUCAUAGAUGUCAACCUGUACAAUGAAACGGUGCCCGUGCUCAUGGCAGGGGAGGUCAGCGCUAUGGUCGGCUCAGCAGUCUGGCAGCUAAUCGCCUCCUUCCUCAAACUGCCUGUCUCUGGGACUCACUGCAUUGUUGGUGCCACCAUCGGCUUCUCCAUGGUGGCCAUCGGCACCAGGGGAGUACAGUGGAUGCAGCUCGUCAAGAUUGUGUCAUCGUGGUUCAUCUCCCCCUUGCUCUCUGGACUCAUGUCUGGACUCCUCUUCAUGCUUAUCAGACACUUCAUCCUCAUCAAGGACGACUCUGUUCCCAACGGCUUGCGAGCGCUCCCCCUCUUCUACGCCUCCACAAUUGGGAUCAACACAUUCUCCAUCAUGUACACUGGAGCUCCAUUGCUUGGGUUAGAGAUGCUACCGGUGUGGGCCAUCUUUCUCAUUACUUUAGCUGAGUCGCUGAUCUGUGCAGGCGUGGUGUGGAUAUUCGUCUGUCCCUGGAUGAGGAGGAAAAUAGCAAGUCGUCUAAAGAAGGAGCAGGCUCUGUCCCGGAUCUCUGAUGAGAGCCUGGACAAGAUACCAGAGGAGGAGGAAGAGAGCCCCGUCUUUAAGGAGCUACCAGGGGCCAAGGGCACAGAUGAGGCUGUGUUGCCGCUCACUGGGGGCAGCAGUGAACGGGGCACCCGCGACUCCAGUGGAGAGCUCACCAACCUGGCUAAUGGAGGCACGGUCCUGCCAAAUGGCAGGGUGUAUGGCCGGACCCACUCAAUGACCAACGGCUGCCUCAAGUCACCCAUCUCCAACGGCAGCUUCAGCUUCGAUGGCCACAUGCGCAGCGAUGGCCAGGUCUACCACACUGUGCACAAGGACUCAGGUCUGUAUAAAGAUCUGCUUCACAAAAUCCACCUGGGCCGCAUGGAUGACAGCGACCGCUCGGGCUCCAACGCCGGCCCAGCUGACAACAAUUACCGCUUGCUGCGCCGCAACAACAGCUACACCUGCUACACAGCUGCUAUAUGCGGCAUGCCCGUCCAGCCGCUCAUCCGUACGGAGUCACGCGAAGACAGUGAAAAGUUGGUGGGAGAGGGAGGCGGCAGGAGCAACAGCGUGUCCUACUCCAAGAAGAGGGUACGCUACGAUAGCUACUCAUCGUACUGUAACGCUGUGGCGGAGGCUGAGAUCGAGGCAGAGGAGGGUGGGGUGGAGAUGAAGCUAGCCACAGAGCUGGAGGGGGUGGAGGAAGAGGGGGCUCCAGCUCCGGUUCCUCUGGACGACUUGGCCGAGGAGGAUAACGAGGAGAAAGAUAAGCCUGAGGUGUACCUGCUUUUCCACUUCCUGCAGAUCCUGACCGCCUGCUUCGGCUCCUUUGCCCAUGGAGGAAACGAUGUCAGUAAUGCCAUCGGGCCCCUAGUGGCACUGUGGAUGAUCUACGACCAGGGCGGUGUCAUGCAGGACGCCGCCACUCCCGUCUGGCUGCUGUUUUACGGUGGUAUAGGCAUCUGUGCCGGCCUGUGGGUGUGGGGCCGCCGCGUCAUCCAGACCAUGGGGAAAGACCUGACUCCCAUCACCCCCUCAAGUGGAUUCACUAUUGAACUGGCUUCUGCACUCACAGUCGUGUUGGCUUCCAAUAUCGGAAUCCCUGUCAGUACCACACACUGCAAGGUGGGCUCAGUCGUGGCCGUGGGUUGGAUCCGCUCCCAGAAAGCAGUGGACUGGCGGCUCUUCAGGAACAUCUUCCUGGCGUGGUUCGUCACGGUCCCCGUGGCCGGCCUGUUCAGCGCUGCCGUCAUGGCCCUAUUCGUCUACGGCAUCCUGCCCUACGUCUGAAGGGCACGUGGCUGGGAGGGAGAACAGAGGAAGAUGAGAUAGUCAGAGAGAGGGAGCGAGAGAGAGAGGAAACUUGGGUAGAAAUCGUAGCAUGAGUGUCGGGGGGGGGAUGAAGGAAAUGAAGAGAGGGGAAAGGGCAGGGGUGACGAGAGUUCAGAGGUGAACAGAUGGACUUGGUUGUACUGUGGAUGUGAGGAGGGUUGGUUCAUAUGCUGCCUGGCUCCGUAGUCCAGAGAUCUAUUUUGACUCAUUUGAGUUUCUGAUCGGUUUUUAUUUAUUCUCGUUUUGGGGUGCAUAAGAAAGUGUGUAACCAGUGUGUUCACCGUACCAUUCAAUCUGCUGUACAUAUGACAAUAAUAGGGAGAUUUCCAGUAACUCUUUACAAGAAUUAUGGUUGCUGGAGAAACAUUUUCAUCUCUUCAUUUAAAAAAAAAAUCAUGAGCUUAAAAAAAAAAGAGAAAGCACACGACUAAAAAUAAUUAUACGGUUAAUUCUUAACACCUAAACAUGCCUGCAGUUAUAUAUCAUCCUGCCUGCAAUCCCAGGUAGCAUAGUUGAUCAAGAGCUUAUUAAUAUUGUUCCAAAAUGCCAGAAAAAAAAAAACCCUGUACAUAAUGUUAUAUUGGAUUGAGUGUGAUUUGUUGUAUUGCGGCUUGCUUUAAAGUUUAAAAAAAAAAAAAAAAGCAGAAAAGAUGUGCGUGUGGUCAACCAACCCAUCCAUCAUCUCACUUUUAACAUGCUAGCCAGGUACAACUAGGGCCAAAUGGAAAGAGAGGGGUGGUGGGGACUGUCACUCUGCUUUUUUAUUUUCUACAUGAUACCAUAGAAACCUGAUUCGGUAGGAUUGAUAUUUGUCCAGAGCUCCUGUAUGUUUUUAGAGAUGGAUCUCAUAUUUUUUAAUGAUGUAUUAUACUGUAAUUUGUACUGUAAAUACUGUCCUUAAAGAGUUUGGGGGCGGGGUUGGUUUGUUUUUAAACGUCAUAAGGGCCUCUUCACCUCUUCAUGAUGUCAUAUUAUAGGGUAUGUUUCAUCCCGGUGUGCGGACACACACAUACUCUCAAUGAACAUACACACACACACACACACACACACACACACACACACACACACACACACUUGCAGGCUGCAAAUGUUGGCAGAGGUAUAUUGAUUGGAGGGAAAAAAAGUAUUUAAAUUCAAAACAAUGUACCAAACCUGUAGAUAUUCCUUCUGAUUUUAUCGUAUUAUCAGUAAAUUCAGUAGUGUUGGCAGAAAGUUCUUUAGCUAAAGGUUUCCUUCUGGAGAAAAUGUUUCGGUUUCAGACGGUGAUUGAAAGUAGGAAGGAAGUUUAUGUGCAGCAGAAGCCAAAACACUAAAACUGAGACAAAAACACUGUUAAGGUCCCAUAAAAUGUUCACAUAUCUUCAUCCGAUUGCCUUUGUUUUUCAUACAUAAAGCUCAGUUACUGGAGUCAUUUCCUCAUAUUGACCUAUACACUGUCCAUGUUCGAGUCAUUUCAGAUCUCCCAUCCCGAUCAGCAGUCAGAUUACUCGUCUUAGUCCAGGGUUUAUCUGUUUCUAUAGCCCUGACCCUCCUGUCUCAUAGCCCUCGUGACAAAUCUGAGGUACGGCUUUCAAGAUGCCUCCAGAAGUUAAAGCCUUUGUCAUGUCGUGUCAUAUCAAAAAACACUAAAACUGUUGUAUUAUAAAUCAGCCAAUUAUGCAGAGGUGGAAAGAGAGGGGAUUCAACCCCAGCCACAUGUGUAGCUCCUCAAAAUGGGCUGUUGUUUUGAAGUGUAGAAGCAUUCAGUCUAUUGAUCACCUAUGUUUCAAUCUAAGUGCUAAAGGUUAGGUAGAUAUUAUAGGGUCUAGUCGAAAGCCCAGCGGGGGUUUUGGGGCCGCUCAUGUCACGAAAAUAUCAAAAGACUUCUGUCUUCGGAUCAUUAUGUUUAAAUGAGAUGGUAUCAGCGGGGAUAGUACUGAUCAUCACCAGCUUUUUAACAGGGUCACCUGACCUGUAGAUGAACAAAGUCUAAAGCUUUUUUUAUUUGAACAAACUCGAUGCCAGGUGUUGCAAGUUCUUUUUUGUUCUUGUGGUGUGUUUCCUAAUUUCAUUUUUUUUCUUUUCUCUCUCAUGAACAAAUCUAUGCUUAAGUAGCCACUUGCCUUGUAACAUUGUGUUUUAUUUUGUGCAGAUACAGUAAAAUUAUUAAGUACUGUGGUGUUUACAUUGUAACCAUAUUGUAGAGUAUCUGAGAAAAAAAACUGUUGCCUAAUGAUGCCAAUGAAAGACAAACUAUUAACCAUGAAUUUUUAAGUGCAAGUAAAAAAAAAAAUAACCUGAAGUGUCUAGAGAGAGAAAGAGAGCAAGCGUGCGAGCGAUGACUCGUUUUUGUUGUAGUAGUCGUGCUAAUAAUGAUCCCUGUCACUUUACACUGCUACUACAAUGUGUUAACACUACAUGUAUGGGUGCAAUUCAGUAAUGAAGAGAAUGACUAGAGAAAUUUCAUCAAGACUAUAUAUUUUUCUACCAUAUCCGAGUUUUAACCUGGGCGAGCUUCCGGACACUUUCGAGGACACACUGUGGGGGUCGAUGGGAAAUUGGAAAAACGGGGACUGGUUGUUAUAAGAUCAUAGUGAUACUGAGAAAUGAUCUUAUUACAGGACGUCUCACCUUGCUGGUGCCAUGUGCCACACUUCCUCCAAAGCCCAGUGUGUUCUUCUAACAUGUAGAUUGACGUGUCGGUUGCCAAUAGAUCAGAUUUUUAAAUUUACCAUUUUUAUUUUUGAAUUUUAGAUGAAAACACUUUGUAAUUUUGUUUCCCUACUGCUUUGAUCAUGAGCUGUGAGAGCAGGACAGCAUCUUGCUAAAACCUGGACGACUGCUCACCGAAGGCGAAAUCUUGAAGCAAAAUCUCUGUAGUCGAGAAACUUAAAUCUUAAACUUGGUAACUGAUAACUGGACUAUGAGGACAUAAUGUUUCCUUGUUUUGGCAGGUAACCACUCUUGAAGCUCACACCCUUUUACUCUUUCACAGGAUGUGUGUUACACAGGGGGCUGCACAGAGCUGGUGUGUUCAAAUUCUCUUUGUACUCUUGUACAAUAAAGGUGCCUGGUGGAACUGCUUUUAAAAAGAAAUCUCAUAAUGCACAGGAAGUCUGGUUUUGUUAAGACAGAUUCCUCCCCAUUGUCUUUAAAGCGAGCUAGUGUAACAGCAACUAUAAGAUAAUAGUAAAUGUGCUAAGAAAUGAAGUAACAGAAACAGAAGAGAAGGGGCAUUAAGUAGUGUCAGUUACACAGUAAUAUCUGUCUACACAAGCUACUGGUCAUACCAGUCCAAGCUAGCAGCAAAACCUCUGAGAAUAUUGAAUCGAACAAGGGUGUGUUUUACAACUUUUGACUAAUCUUUUCAUUUGUAAAAGGAGGAUUUUGUCAUUUCUUCUUUAUAUAUUCGUUAUAUAGUCUCGCUUUAAUGGUUGCAUUGCCAUUGCUUGAAGCUAAACCCAGCCCAUGCCUCUUAAAGGAGCAAUAACUGUAAACUUAAAGGGGGCAAAAUUUCUCACUAACUUGAUGGAAAGUGUCAUUCAAACAUCGUCACACUUUGCAUUCGUUUUCUCCUCUAAAGCCCAGUUCAGACCAAACAUUCGCAGUGAGACAAGAUGAAACUUGCAACUACUUGCAAUACGUUGGUCUGCAACAUUCAGAAACCUGCCAGUCCACAACAACAAUGCAACUAUACAGACAGUGUAUCGUCUCCGUAACAACGACUUUUCAGGCUUUUUUUUUUUUUUUUUUUUUUUUUUUUUUUUUUAGCUGGAUUUAAUUUGUAGCGUCCUAAAAUGUAAAAUGAGGAUAAUGAUGGAGAGUUACUUCAGCCAGAGUUAUAAGAAUUUGGAGCCAUCCAUGGAUCCAUAGGUAGAUUUUAAGGCUUUUGUCAAACAAGUUCAUGAGGUGAUCCUCUCUUCUCUCCGUCCAAAAACGUUUGACCAGCUGACAGUUAACUGUAACUGACUCGACCUGCUAACUUUGCAAUGAGCUGAUUGGCUGUUGAAACAAGUGACAUGCCUUACGUCCUUUGACAAGCUGAGUUGCACACCGCCUUCAGCAGACUUAGAGUCGAGCUGAGACUACCAGUUCACACAGCUGCAACGUCUCGUCGUGAAUCUUUGGUCUGAGCCGGGCAAAGGGAUUUAGCUGUAUAGGGUUUUUUUCAUGUCUUCAGAAAAUAUUUUUUUUAAAAGCUGAUACCUAUUUUUGUUCAUAUUCUGAAAUAAAUAGUUUAUUUAUCCAAAUUUAUCCAAGAUUAAACAAUGAUUAAUGUGUUAAUAUGUAUCACCUACAGCUACCGUGAGUCUGUGUGGAGGGUAAAACGAUGUGGUAGCUCAUUAUUUAAAAUAUGUUCUAUAUCUUACUGUCUUACUGUAGAACAGUAGCAGAAACCCAUCUAACAGGAAAGGCAAACUGGCUGCAGCUAGUGAACGUUUGCUGCUCUUGUGUGUAGCUCAGUAAACAAUGAAGAGAGACUGAAUCAACUUUCCUUGUGUUGGAUUAUGAGAUUGAUUUGUAAAUGCCAGCCAGCACUCUUCAAAUCUCUGGUUCAUGUUGGAUCACCGAGCUCUGCAGGCAACACCCCCACCCACCCCCCCCUUUGUAACUCACACUGUCAUUCUUUGUUUUUUCAUGCAUUUUCAGUCCUGAUAGGCCAAAAGGGAUGCACUGCUCAUGAUGGGGAGGGAAAGUGAAAAUUGUUCCUCCGGUGGCAGCGUUAUAAAUAUAAUUUAUUAGACCGUAAUGGCUCAAAUUGAAUAAAAACCAUAACCCAAACUGUUUGGCAUAACUUAACAUAAGAAAACUGUGUGUUUAUGUUGGACACAAGAAGAAGCUUAUUGACAAAAUGGGUUUUCAGGGCCUUUAAUUGACCUUGUCGAGUCAAAGUAUCUUAUCAAUUAUAGAUAAUUGACUUUAGUUCAUAUUGUAUCCUGAAAGCCAAUAAUUAUAAUAACUGCAAAUUAAGAUUUGCAUCAUCUUUAAAAAAAAAAAAAAAAAAAAAAAGUGUUAGGUAUGAACGCAGCCACUAGAUGGCGGAGUCUGCCACUUCCCCUCCCCAUAGAGAGGGACAGCAUUUUAGACCAGUGUGUUUCAACUGAUCAGUAUAAAUUAACGAAUGGUGUCAUUGCCAUUGAGGGAGUUACUGUGCUUCUACUGCAUUCUAACUGUUUUGUAACCUUUAAUGUAGAGAAAUAACAACGUGCCAUUUCUUUCUCCCUGAAUGUGCAAUACGAGCUGUUUCUUGUGAAGGUGCAACUACAUUGCUGUCACUCUGUGGUUGUGUAGCUCCACCUGCCCUGGUGGAAUAGCGACCUCUCCUGUUUGUAUGGAACUAGUACCACCUCACAGAGGUGGAGGGGCAUCGGUUCGGACCUUCAUCUGGAUGUGGCGUGCUGUCUCUAGUUUUCCGGUCUGUUUUGUAAUAGAAUGUGCUCCUUGGCUGGCCUGCAGGCUUUACAGCUCUGUGUUGUCUUUUUACUGUUUACUGCUAUUUAACUGUCCGGUCCUUCAAAAGUUAAAAAAUAAAUGAAUAAAAAAUCUAAAGAAACUGUAGCCUGCUUCUACGAAAUCUUAAAGCUCUUCUGAUUUGCAUAUAUCGUACUGUAAUGUUUUAUUUAAGAUUUUCGUGAAAAAAAUGUCUGCAUUUAAACUAAAUUAUGGGAAUUAAAAUUACAAAGAAUACCUAAA